GCCAUGGCGGAGCCGCCCGCGGCCGAGGAAGCCGAGGCGCAGGGCCCCGGCUGGGGCGGCGGGGACAGCGGCCACGUGUCGCAGAGCCACAGCAGCGCCUCGGGGCCGUGGGAGGACGAGGGCCCGGAGGACGGCGCGCCGGGCCGCGACCCGCCGCUGCUGCGCCGCGCCGCCGCGGGCUACGCCGCCUGCCUGCUGCCCGCGGCGCGGCCCGAGGUGCAGGCGCUGGACGCCAGCCUCGAGGACCUGCUGGCGCGCGUGGACGAGUUCGUGGCCAUGCUGGACUUGAUCCGCGGCGACUCGGCGCACGUGGUCCGCGAGGGCGUGCCGCGCGUGCACGCCCAGGCCGCCGAGAUGCGGCGCGUCUACGGCAAGAUCGACCGGCUGGAGGCCUUCGUGCGGAUGGUGGGCAGCCGCGUGGCCCGCACGGAGCAGGAGGUGGCCAGGGCCGAGGCCGAGCUGGGCGCGCUGCCCCGGGCGCUGCGGCGGCUCCUGCGCAGCGUGGGCGGCCCGGGCCGCCUCGCCCGGCCGCCGCCGCCGCCGCCGCCGGGGCUGUUCCGCGCCGAGGACCACUUCCCGCGCCGCCGCUUCGGGCCCGGCCCUGAGGACCGCGCGGACGCCGCCUUCCCGCGGCCCCGGGAGCAGCCGACGGGCCCGGCUCUCCGCGACCCGCCCGCAGGUGCGUCGUCCAGCGGGGAGCCGGACAGCGCCGAGGAGCCGCGGGGGCCGAUGGCUGCUUUAUGA